AUGGCUAAAAUAGAGAAUGGUCGCCAGUCGGCCGACUCGAUAAGUAUCAGGACCAUUAGCACCAGUCAUAUGGACGACGAGAGCUCCCUUGGCUCAGACUCCGAGAUCAACGGCUUUACCAACGACAGGCAUACGGAUAAAUAUGGAUUUAUUGGAGGGGCGCAACAGUAUUCCGAACAAUCGUAAGUAACGUUGGUGUUCUGCUCACAUUGCCCCAUAUAAUUUGUAAACUUGCACACUCCUAUAGUUACUUGGCUAACUCUCACAACUUUGGUGCGGAAAUGUGAAAUGUGACUACAUCAAAUGUGUUUUUUUAAGGGUUACAUUCUCUAGUCCCAUCUAUAAAAAAGACAUGCCUCCAGUAUCAACCUCCCAAUCACGUCACCUAGUUAAUAUGUGAAUGGGGCCGUUUGAGGUGGACUUGGCAGAAACUCACUGUUCUUACCGAAUGUGAUUUAUUUAUCAAACUAAGUUGUUUAAAUACCGUGUACUAUUUUAAGAUCUGUGAACAAAUUUACUCAAACAGUGGACUACUAGCAUCAUAAAGUUUCUGUAAGCAGAGUCCCUCCCUUCAAGCCACCAGCCUGCUCUGAAGUUCUGGGGAGGCCCCUGAUUGUUUGUUUACAUUUUAGUCAUUUAGCAGACGCUCUGCUUACAUACAGUUUUUGGUCUUGCCUAGGAUGAUAAGAACAGAAUACUCUGAAAGGGGGAACCGAGAAUAACCUCUGGGGUGUGAAGGGCGACGCUGACUGGCUUUAUCACCUUAAUCUCCUUUCCUGUUCAUCUCCCUCAUUUGUUGCGUCUUUGAAUCACAAUGCCUUAUGGACACUGACGUCAUAUUAAAACAUUUGGGCUAUGCAGCAUGGGGACUCAAACGCUCCCUUUCAUGAUUGGAGGGACACCAGAUUUUGUUUUCUUGAGCACAUUCUUCCUUUUACACUUGGUUCAGCACAUAUUUUUCAUGCCUUUGACUUGUCUCUUUUCUUUUAAUAGUAGGCUUACGUUAAUAGCUUCCAGCUUAGGAUGCAUAGUUAGAGUACAAUUACACAACUGGAUUUUCUCUCAUUGGGUUAAUGCUCCCUUCGCCUUCCAAAUAACUUAAUACCUCAAAAAUAUUAUGUAUUUUAUUCCAAUUUCCUCUUUUAUGGUUUUGCCAGAGGCAAGAAGAGGUAAGUCUCUCUAAUUGUGAGAAGUCUUUGUUCUUAUGUCAUGCCCCUUGGCCCUGCAGUGUAGCACACUGCAAGUGGAAGGAAUGAGUGAAAUUUGUGCCAAGCACUGCCCAGGAGCUUCCUGUUUUCUGUAGGGUUGGCUGGCCUUGUGCCACAAUUCUGGCUCCUCAUUGUUGGUGUGCCUCUUUUGGCUCAGGGUUUUAUAGGAAGUUUUUUUUAUUAGGAUUUAUAUGGGAUGAACAAAAUUCAACUUGAGUACAGCAGAGUCAAUUUAUUUUCAUUUGUGUAGAACUUUAGGCGUCAGUUGUCAGAGCAGCUUACCGAUCACCACCUGUACACAGCCCAUCUGUAAUUAGCCCAUCCAACUACCUCAUCCCCAUAUUGUUAUUUAUUUAGCUAAUUUGCACCCCAGUAUCUCUAUUUGCACAUCAUCUUUUGCACAUCUAUCAUUCCAGUGUUAAUACAAAAUUGUAACUAUUUUGCACUAUGGCCUAUUUAUUGCCUUACCUCCAUAAUUUACUACAUUCGCACACACUGUAUAUAUAUUUUCUGUUGUAUUUUUGACUUUAUGUUUUGUUUACCCCAUAUGUAACUCUGUGUUGUUGUUUUUAUCGCGCUGCUUUGCUUUAUCUUGGCCAGUUCGCAGUUGUAAAUGAGAACUUGUUCUCAACUGGCUUACCUGGUUAAAUAAAGGUGAACAUUUUUUUUUAUAAAAUAAAAAAAAUAACAGAGUUUCCCCGCCCCUGUUUAGCUAAAAAGGUAAGAGAUGGGUCUGGAGAAAUGUAACUGCUCUCAAAUUCAUAGACAAUACAUGUGAUAUCAUGGAUGGUCAGUCCUUGUAUCCAUAGCUCUGUUUUAACCAUGCUUUGAGGCUAAACAGUUCUUGUUUACAAACAUUUGAGUAAAAUAUUUUGGGUUCUGAUGGGGUACUACAGUUGAACUAAGCUCAUGAGGCAUUUAUAAGUUAUAUUCUUCAAGAAUCAAUGGGUAUAGAUCAAUCAUUUCAAAGACAAAAAGUAGAUGCAGCAACUAAGGAUUCUGGCUUUAAGAGGAAAGAGGGUUGUCCAAAUUUAAAGGCCUCUCUGAAGACUUCUUAUAUCCCAUGAUUACUAGGAUAUGCUGAUGAUUACAUGCUACUUGAGCGCCACCAGGCCAAGCUAUAAGAAAACGUUAGGCCUAUAUAUUUUCUCAUGCUUUGUGAGAAUGUUCCAUUCUCAGUUCCGUUUCUUGGAUGGCGGCAUGGAGCCAAACUUACCACAUUAUAGCAUUAACUAAUCUCUUGUCUGGCUCUGCGCCAGGCACGCCCUGCCUAAGUACGUAGAGGGAAAAUGUAAUGCCUCUCAGAUACCUGUUAUAUCCUUUCCGCCUGCUUGAAUUUCUUAUCUUUAAUGCUUCAAAACCUGUUUAUUUGCAUUCUAGUUCUAUACCUUUUUUUAUAAAACAAUUUGGAACUCUGGAAAGCUGUAACACACACACCUUUCUAAAAUUAAUUAUAUAAUUUUGCUUAUAUUUAGGAAGUUCUAACAUUUCCUCCUCUUGUUCUUCUGUCUCCCUCAGGGCUCAGGAUGUUCCUCCAGAGGUGCUGAGGCAGCGAGAGGUCAAGUGGCUGGACAUGCUAAGCAACUGGAACAAAUGGAUGGUCAAGAGACACAAAAAGGUCAGAGAGUUGCUGAGAGUUGGAACAUUUAUAGGUCUGACACAACUUAAUUUGUUGCCGUGUCUAGACUGUUGUGAUACUGUCUCUUACCAUCUGGUCUUAAUUAUUCCUCAAACGAUCCCAAGUAAGUUAUUGCACAGUAUGUGGCAACUCCUUAUUAUGUUAUUAGCCAACCAGGGCCUAGUUAGUUCUUGCGUCUUGUUGGCACUCUGCCCUGGUUUUUUAAAUCUAAGUAUUACUUCCAUGCCAUCCUCUGUCCAGGCAUGUUGUGGGUUUGGGCUGGAUUGGAAUGGAAUGGCUGCUACUGCACAGUUACUGUUAGGACAACAACACUGUUUGCGUUCCCUAAUAAUUCACAGACAAGCCAGUGAUUAACCUGCAUGUCAGACACUGACUUGUUUGUUCCCCAGUAAACUUUAAUGGUUGGAAGAAGUGUAAAGCUUUUGACAUUUUUCUUCAUGGAGGUUGUUCUGGGCAGUGGCCUCUCUGGCCGGUUGGUUUGCAUCUCCAGUUGCCUAGCCAGUUCUACCCGUGUGUCUAACGUUAACUAUUAAAAUUCAGCCACAUCUCAUUCCCAUGAGUCAGCAGCAGGGCAUGACACAACCCAUCCCAUCCCUUUAUCUUCCUCACUGACUCCAUGUUGGAACACGAGACAGAGCAAGACUCUGGGUGGGGGUAACAUCACAUGACCCAUCCCUGUAACAAAGUUAGGGUGGAGAUUGCAGGUUUGACAGCGACUAGCUUGUUUUCACUGCAAUCUCAAGUAUGGACUUGGUUAGUUGAAUUACCACAUGAAACGCACUCAAGCGCACGCACUUAAAUAAACACAAACAUUAUCAGUAGGCAAUGUUUCCUCUGGCUGCUAUGCUGGUUGACUCAGAGGUCAGUCAGGAGUCAUAGUGUCUCUGUUUACCCUUCUCUACUUUGUUGUUCCAUGACUUCCUCCAAUGGCUGUUCAUACUCUUCUUGAAAGAGUAGCAGUAGCCUAUGAUCUCAGUCAAAAUCAAAAGACUGAGUAGAACUGUGAAUGAGUUAUUCAACUAAACCCGUACAAUAUUGUAUAGGUCCAAAGGCUUGUUUUGUUUUCCAUGAAUACAGGGUCCCUCCAGUUCAGUCAACGAUACUGAGUCUAUAAUACUGUAGUAUAACAACUCUCUUGCAAUGCAGCUUUAUUUUUACUGGAACAAUCUUUGGUUGGUGAUGAAUACAUUUCUCUGUCUCUCUGUUUAACAGGUGAGACUGCGGUGCCAGAAAGGAAUCCCUCCCUCACUGCGAGGCCGUGCUUGGCUCUACCUGUCAGGAGGAAAAGUGAAGAGGGAACAGAACCGGUGGAAGUUCGAGGUGUGUUAUGUUCUUUCCCUUGCUCUCUGUUUGUUUUUACUGUGUGGGACUGAGGUUGACUCUCCCUAGUGUUGUUUCAGGAGCUGGACAGUCAGGCUGGAGACCCAAAAGAGCUGGAUGUGAUUGAAAAAGACCUGCACAGACAAUUCCCCUUCCAUGAGAUGUUUGUGUCACGAGGGGGCCACGGGUUAGUUGUCUCACAAUGGAAUCAUUUAUCCUCACUCAGGGACUGAUGUUUGACUUUUAGUCUUGUUUGACCUUACUUUGACCUUGUGUGUAUUCAUUGCUGUGUUCAUGGGUUUGUGUGUGUGUGUUUGUUUACCAAUACAGACAGCAGGACCUGUUCCGUGUACUGAAGGCCUACACACUGUACAAGCCAGAGGAGGGCUACUGUCAAGCCCAGGCCCCCAUUGCUGCUGUGCUGCUCAUGCACAUGCCUGCUGAGGUGAGCCCUGUGCCUCUUGUGCUCAUGCUUGAACUGUGGUUCUCUCACAAUGACUCCCUGACCUGUGAUGUAGCUCAGUGAAUAGUGCUGUCAACCAGCUUCCUUCCUUUUGUGACCCUAGUUACGAUGGAAUUGUUUAUGUACGCUACACCUAUAGUUUUCCUGCUGCUAGUGUGUGCUUUAGUUUUGGUUCCCUCUAAAGGUAUGGUUCCAGUCACAAUUUCCUUACACCAUCAUCUGUAUGUUUUUCCACAGGAUGCAUUCUGGGGGCUGGUCCAAAUUUGUGAGAAGUACCUCCCUGGAUACUACAGUGCAGGGCUGGUAAGACAUGUACCCUUCACUAAUGCACUACAGGAUCGAGUAAGGUAGACCACGGAAGAUAUGUUUUGUUCUCCUGUCAGUAUGAAACUACAUACUCCUCUCUCUCCCCUCUGUCCCUGCAGGAGGCCAUCCAGUUAGAUGGAGAGAUCAUGUAUGCCUUGACGCGGCGUGUUUCCCCCCUAACCUACCGCCACCUGGAGAAACAGAAAAUAGAGCCCAUCCUCUACAUGACAGAGUGGUUCAUGUGUGUGUUCUCCCGCACCCUGCCCUGGGCCUCAGUGCUCCGCGUCUGGGACAUGUUCCUCUGUGAUGGUUAGUUAGUUGCAGAAACUCCCACACAAACAUCUGUCUUGGAUUCAUUCAGUUACAACCUCCAAUUUAUACACUGGAGAUCUGCAGUAUUGUUUAUCACCCAAUUGGGAUAAUCAGUAAAGUUCCUGUGAUGCUUGUAAUUGUGGAUGUUAACCUCUGGAAUCAUCCCUCAUGUCCAGUUAGUGACCGUGUGACCUCUUACCCCUCCUCAGGUGUGAAGAUAAUCUUCCGGGUGGGCCUGGUGCUGCUGAAGUGCAUGCUGGGUACCCGUGAGAAGCUGAAGGCGUGUCAGGGCCAGUAUGAGACCAUGGAGCUGCUGAGGGCCAUAGAGCCACGCUACAUGCAGGAGGGCUUCCUCGUCCGGGAGGUAAGGACUUCACUAGCAGGGAGUCAAUGACGGUAGAGAUACACUGGACUUCAAGCACGCUGGGGUACAUAUAGCUGCUGAGACCAGUUACAUAGAGAUUAGAAUGACAUAACACCGCUAUUUUACCCAGAGUGGAAUUGACAUCUGUGCCUGGAUAAAGAGAACAAUGGCUGUUCAGAAAUGUAGUAGUACAGUAGAGUUUAGAGUGGAAGUUAAAGUGAUACACAGUUCUGACUGGUCAGUGUCUAGUCCCUCCCUGGCUUCGUGUGAGUGUUUCUUCACUUUGACAAUAGCCUCUCUGAUAGAGUUGACCAUCCUCACUGUGAGUGACUAUGAAGCUCCUUUAGCCUCAGGCAGUUUGACAUUUACUAACAAGGUUAAGAUAAGGAAUGGAAUGAUGAGCCUUUUCUCCUCUUGGCCAUUAGCACUAUAAUUUUUUGAAUCACAUUUCCUACUAGAUAUACUAAACCAAUUGAGUAUUUAUGUACAUAGGUUUCACAGUGUACUGCAUGCCUAUAAUCUAUCAGUGACCAGCAGUAACCUCUCUCUCUGUCUUCUCCUCCCUCAGGUUCUAGAGGUGCCUGUGUCAGAGCGGGACAUUGAGCGCGAGCACCAUGUUCAGCUGAAGCGCUGGAGAAAGAACCGCGGAGAACUGCACUGCAAGUCCCCUCCCAGAAUGCACGGUGCCAGGGCUAUCAUGGCCUCGGAGCCUCCCAGUCGCCAGGACCUUCGUCAGAACCCCACCAUCAUCGUCAAGUCGCUCCUGCCUCCCCCUCAGCCCACCCCUCAGCUGAAGAAGGGAGAGAAGAAGGGCAAGAAGAAAGGAAGUAUGAAGAAAACCCCUCCUGUCACGGAGAUCCCCAACCCUUAUAAUUUACCUGGUGACCCUCAGCUUCCACUCAGAGAUCCUCUGCCUCAGCCUACUCUGAGAGACUCACCAGUACAGACGCCCCUCGUCAAUGACACACCCCUCCCAAACACACCUAAAGACUCUCCCCUGCCCCAACAACCAGCCCUCAAUGACCAACCAGCCCUCAAUGACCAACCAGCCCUCAAUGACCAACCAGCCCUCAAUGACCAACCAGCCCUCAAUGACCAACCAGCCCUCAAUGACCAACCAGCCCUCAAUGACCAACCAGCCCUCAAUGACCAACCAGCCCUCAAUGACCAACCAGCCCUCAAUGACCAACCAGUCCUUAACGACCAGUCUCUUCUCAAAGACUCGCCCCUCCAGAAGUCCACACAGAGCCUGAGUAGCACAGAGGCAGAUCAUCAGGACACAUACCUGUAG